AAUCAGACCCGUUCUGCCGUCACCAGUGUUUUUCCGCCUGCCAAUACCCUACACACUCCGGGCUGAACCAGCCUCAGCACCACGUGUUGUGCAUGGUGGGUGACGCCUGGGCCGGAUGGCAGGGCAUCAUACACCCUGAACAUUGAUUGUUCUCUCCCUUGCUUCACUAAAAGUUUAACUCGCCACUAUGUCUGGAAUUGCCAUUGCUCGUCUGGCUGAGGAGAGAAAGGCAUGGAGGAAAGAUCAUCCUUUUGGGUUCAUUGCUCGGCCUACAAAGAACCCAGAUGGCACCCUGAACCUCAUGAACUGGGAAUGUGCCAUCCCUGGCAAGAAAGGGACACCGUGGGAGAGUGGCCUGUACAGAUUGCGCAUGAUCUUCAAAGACGAUUACCCCUCCACUCCACCCAAGUGCAAAUUUGAACCACCUCUCUUCCAUCCCAAUGUCUACCCAUCAGGAACAGUAUGUCUGUCCCUGCUGGAUGAAGAGAAGGACUGGAGGCCCGCCAUUACAAUCAAGCAGAUUCUCUUGGGAAUUCAGGACCUCCUCAACGAUCCCAACAUCAAGGACCCUGCACAGGCCGAGGCGUAUACCAUCUACUGCCAAAACCGAUUGGAAUAUGAGAAGAGAGUGCGAGCACAGGCCAAGGCAAUGUCUGCCCCAUUUGAAUAAGUCCCCGGUGUUGAAUCAAGUUGAUGCUGACCUGCUGACUUUGGGCUCCCUGAUUUACAUUUGCUUAUUAGAUAUAACUAAGUAGGUAGAUCUUGGGGCAACUGGAUGUUCUGUCAAGAAACGACAUGUUUCACUGUUGCCAUGUAACAGUUGAGCUUACAUGAUCAGACAGUGUUUGAAUACUUGAGAAUUUUAAGUUUUCAUUCUUACUACACAUUUCUUUUCUGUGUACUGCAGAACUUCUCAGCUUCCUGAUUUCCAGAAUCUUUCCGACAUUUAUCCCUGACAGGUCAGAGUGAAGUGGUUCACAAAAUGACUUUAUUUACUUUUUUAUGUACCUGUCCAUGUUCUACUUUUUGAGUCAUUAGUGGAUAUUAAUAAAGCUAUUUUUAUCA